AUGCUGACGCCUCAGUCACCCAAAUCCAUCGUUGUUUUGUUAAUGGGAUGCACAGGUGCAGGGAAGAGCCACUUCAUCAACACCGCCUUUGGACACAAUGUUGCGCUUGUCAGUGAGAGCCAAAUCUCUACUAGUCUAGAGAUCAAACACUACCCAUUAUCAACGUCGCAACACCCUCACCUGUCGCUCGUUCUUGUGGAUACCCCCGGACUUGAUCACAUUUCCGCGUCGGAUAGUGCAAUCCUCAAAGUGAUCGUCAAACGGCUUCGGGAAUUAUGCUCCUCAACGGCAUCGUUUGGAGGCAUCAUAUACCUCCACGAUAUUACUCAGGCGAGACUCUCAGCGUCCUCUAGUUUAAUGAGUUAUAUUCGGUCUCCGGAGCCGGCGGGACAUCUUCUAUUAACAACUACGAAAUGGGAUCGAGAUCGAUAUUCUCCAGAUGCUCGCGCUCUUACUCUAAAACGAGAAGACGAGCUGAGACGAGGCAUCUGGAAGAGAGUAAGUCUGCUUGGCGAGCCAUCGACACUUCUCGCAUUGGAGCCAUUGAAAAUAGAAGAGAUCGUGAUUGAGUUGGAAAGAAUCUGCCAACCAACGAGCAAGCCAACAUUCCAGAAGCGCAAGAAGGGCAUCUUUUCAGCACUCUUCAGGCUGUGGAACAAGUAA